GGCAAAUCAAUCAAGUAUCACAAUACCCUUGACUCUCAACUCCCCUCAAUCAUUCAGCAGUCAACAAUGGCAUCUCUCUUCUCCACAUUUAGGUACUCCGACGGCCUCACUGUCGUCGGAAUCUCCUUCUGUACCGCCCUCAUCUGUGAGGCCAUCUCAUGGCUUUUGAUCUACCGCACCACGUCUUAUAAAUCACUCAAAUCCUCCAUCGACAAAGCCUCCAAGAAACUUGAAACCAUGAAAACUGAUUCAACGGUCGCCGCCGCCCCCAAAAAGUCGAAAACGAAAAAAAUAGAUCGCGUUGAAACCUCCCUGAAAGAAUCCAGCAGAGAUUUGUCUCUGUUCAAGUUCAAAUCUGGUGGUGUUGUUGCGCUGGUUCUGUUUGUUGUGUUUGGUUUUCUGAACAAUCUGUUUGAAGGAAAGGCGGUUGCGAAGUUGCCAUUUGUGCCGGCAAGGAUCGUUCAGAAGAUGAGUCAUAGAGGUUUGCAGGGGGACGAUCCGACGGAUUGUUCGAUGGCGUUUUUGUACUUCUUGUGUUCGAUAAGUAUCAGGACGAAUUUACAGAAGUUUUUAGGGUUUUCACCUCCUCGUGGAGCUGCCGGCGCCGGUUUGUUUCAGAUUCCCGAUGCUGCCAAGACCAAUUGAUAACGAGAAGGAAGUAAGAAGCGUUUGCGUAAAGUGUAAUGGUUUUAGUUUUUAAAGCAAGAUUUGUUGUAAUACCAAUUAUGGUUAGGUUUCCGCUAAUGUAGCCUUCUUCUUUGAUGUAUAUUCAAGAUAUGUACUAAAUAAAGAGAAAUUUUCAAGUUCAGAUUCAAGAGAUUAAUAAAGUCUAACAUGUAAAGUAAUGGUUCCCAAUUUAUAUAGAGAUUUGGGGCGUUACAUCCCCUUAGUCAAUUAAAACGUGAUAAUUAUACAUUCCUGCAACUAUGUGCCUUUUUCAUUGUCUUCAUUUAUUUUAGAACAGAGGGAGUAUUUUGUUAUGGUCAGGAGGACAACUUGACUGCCUCAUCCAUUUCUGUGUGAAUUCAUAUCAUAAAAAGAACCACCAUGUUUUGCUUUUCUUGAUAAACUACUGAAAUUCAUGGGGAGUGGUGGAGGUAAGCAAAUUGCUAAAACAAGUAGUUUGUUUGAUCUUUUUUUUUGUUUCCUGCAACUACAUUGUCUACGUGUGAUUAUAGACUCUUAA